AUGAGUAACCAAAUACUUCUCCAGAAUGGCACUGUACUGCAGCAUGACGAAAAAGACAAUAUUCUUGUUCUUAGGAACACUGACGUCCUCGUCUCAGAUGGUCGCAUCGCUGAGAUCAGCCAGGAUAUCAACAAACCCGAACAUGCUUCUGUCAUCGACUGUAAAGGCAAGAUAAUCUCUCCAGGAUUAAGCAAUGCUCAUCAUCAUAUGUGGCAAAGUCAGCUCAAGGGACUUCUUGGGGAUUGUACUAUGUUGGACUAUAUGCUUGAAGCUAACCUCCAAAGCUUCAAUUUUACUUCAAAGGACAUAUUCUGGGGCCAGCUAGCCGGAUGCCUUGAAGCUCUCGAUUCUGGAACAACUUGUGUCGUCGACAACGCCCAUACGGCUUCUCAACCCGAACAUGACUCAGCAGCUCUGAGUGCUACUAUCGCAUCGGGUAUACGAUCUGUAUUCUGCUAUGGAGUUAUGCCACUCAUUGCAAAAGUGUGGACAGAGUCUUCCUUUGAACUUGACCGUUCUCCUCAACCUGAAUGGCUGCUGCCACAGAUCGAUACUCUUGCUGCAAGAGCACCAUUCGGAGACGACCAGCGUGUACAACUGGGUUUCUUCUUUGACUCUUACUUCCUACCAGGCAAUGUUAUAUGA